AUGGGUUCAACGGUGAAUAAUCCAUCCAAGGGCGGCUUUGGCCUGGUAAUGCAGAAUCCUUACCUCUGUGGUGUAGCUUCGUUCUCGACCCUCGGUGGUCUGUUGUUCGGCUAUGACCAGGGCGUGAUCAGCGGCGUAAUCACCAUGGAGUCCUUUGGUGCCCGGUUCCCGCACGUCUUCUCUGACAGCAGGGUCAAGGGAUGGUUUGUAUCGACUCUGCUUCUCGCGGCAUGGUUAGGAUCGUUGAUCAACGGUCCUGUUGCCGACCGGAUUGGACGAAAAUUAUCAAUCAAUGUGGCCGUCGUGAUCUUUGUGAUUGGAUCUGCUGUCCAGUGUGCCGCCGUCAACAUCCCAAUGCUCUUUGCUGGACGCGCAGUUGCUGGACUGGCGGUUGGCAUGCUCACAAUGGUCGUCCCACUGUACAUCUCUGAGGUUUCGAUCCCUGAAAUUCGUGGAGGCCUCGUGGUCGUGCAACAAUUAUCCGUUACGAUUGGCAUACUGAUCAGCUACUGGAUUGACUAUGGCACAAACUAUAUCGGUGGAUCCCGCUGUGCGCCGAAUGUACCCUAUACCGGUGGAACCGCCUCCAAGCCCGCCUUCGAUCCAUACCGGGAUGUACCUGAUGGAGGUUGCACUGGCCAGUCUGAAGCAUCAUGGCGUCUCCCCCUGGCUAUUCAGAUUGUUCCUGCGGUCAUACUGGGAAUCGGAAUGCUGUUCUUCCCGGAUUCCCCACGCUGGCUGAUGAUGAAGGAGCGUGACGAUGAGUCGCUUACCGCGCUCUCGAGGCUCCGUCGGCAAGAUCGCGAUAACCCUGCCCUUCAGAACGAGUAUCUCGAGAUCCGCGCAUCCAUCCUGCUCGAGAACACAUUUGCUCAGGAGCACUUCCCCAACUUGUCCGGAUUUAAGCUGCAUGUUGCUCAGUACCUGUCGUUCCUGACCACCUGGGCCCGCUUCAAGCGAUUGGCUAUUGGAUGCUGCGUCAUGUUCUUCCAGCAAUUCAUGGGCUGCAACGCCAUGAUCUACUACGCCCCGACCAUAUUUGGCCAGCUCGGCCUCGAUGGCAACACAACUUCCCUUCUAGCCACCGGCGUGUACGGCAUCGUCAACUGCCUGAGUACACUCCCGGCGCUGUUCUUCAUUGACAAGGUGGGACGGCGUGUGCUAUUAAUGGCCGGUGCCACCGGUACCUGUAUUUCGUUGGCUAUUGUUGGUGGUAUCCUUGGAGGCUAUGGCUCUCACUUGAUGGACCAUAAGUCGGCUGGCUGGGUCGGCAUUGCCUUCAUCUAUAUCUAUGACAUCAAUUUCUCAUACUCCUUUGCUCCCAUUGGCUGGGUCCUUCCGUCUGAGAUCUUCAACCUUUCCAUCCGAUCCAAGGCUAUCUCUAUCACAACCUCAGCUACCUGGAUGUGCAACUUUAUCAUCGGUCUUGUCACCCCGGAUAUGCUUGACUCGAUUACCUGGGGCACAUACAUCUUCUUUGCAGCCUUUUGCCUCCUGGCCCUAGCGUUCACCUUCUUCUGUAUUCCUGAGACUCGCGGAAAGACCCUCGAAGAUAUGGACCUCAUCUUCGGAGAUACGGCUGCACAUGAAGAGAAGGAGCGCAUCAAGCACAUUGAGUCGGAGCUCCGUGGAACACAAAUUGAUGAAGAUGACGACCUGAAGCCGGUGAAUCAUCAAACAGAGAUUUUCAAUGCUGCUUGA